CUCGCGUCCCCGGUAAGUAGGCCGGCCCCGAGGCUCGGGGGAUGGAGACGCGUGCGGCCCCGGCGCCGACCUGCUGCCUCCGUCUUCGUCGCGGUCGAGUUGCUACAGAACUUAGUGGAGGCAGAAAAUAGGAGGAUGGCAGCAAACCCAUCAGGCCAAGGUUUUCAAAACAAAAAUAGAGUUGCAAUCUUGGCAGAAUUGGACAAAGAGAAAAGAAAAUUACUAAUGCAGAACCAAUCUUCAACAAAUCAUCCUGGAGCUAGCAUCGCGCUCUCGAGGCCCUCGCUGAAUAAGGACUUCCGUGACCACGCAGAGCAGCAGCACAUCGCGGCCCAGCAGAAGGCCGCACUGCAGCAUGCUCACGCACACUCAUCCGGAUACUUCAUAACUCAAGACUCCGCCUUUGGGAAUCUUAUUCUUCCUGUCUUACCUCGUCUGGACCCAGAAUGAAGAAAGUAAUUUGUAAUGAAAAUGACUUUGUAACAUCAGAUGCCAAAGCUACUAUCACUCAGUGCUAUCUGAACUGUGACUUUCAGAAUUUUGUUGGACUUCUCUGUUUUUUGCUUUGUUAAAAGAAAGGUAUGUGUCCGUGAAAGCCAAGAAGGGUGACAAGAUGCUCUCGGAGCUGUCUUAUUGAGGAGAUGAUGAUGUUACCUGUGACUAUAACUUCUUUGUAAUGCAGUUUGAUUUGUAACUCAAAAUUAGACUGCGAACACUCACCUCCCCAUUUCCAGGUCGUUGGACUGAAUAUAUCAUGUCUACAAUAGACUUUCAAGAAUCAUUUAUAGUACUUUAAAGAAACAAGGGUGCUUUUUAAAAAUGUGAACCUAUAGGCUUAAAAGUUACUUUUAAUAAGUCACAUUCAAAUUAGUUGUUUAUAGAUUUGAUAUCAGUGUACCUUUGAAGUCCGUAAUCGGCUUAUUAUUCUGAAAUACUCUUUAACUCAUAACUAGUUCCCCCUUUUCAUAAUCUUAAGAGAAAACCCCAGCUAAGGCUGGAUUACCAGUCUUAGACAUCUUUUAUAAAUCUGUGCCACUAAAUGAUGUGACUGAAUGCUAGUAACAAUGAUGAUAAGAAAUGUGGUGGCUUUUCACAUUUGUACAUGCACCUAUUUUGUGUUACUCCCUAAAUGGUGUGGCUGUCUGAGUCUGUGGUCUGUUUAAUGCUGAUUAAAUCUAUGUGCAAGCCGAGCCCCUUUUAAACUACUUCAAGGAGGAAGGGGUCUGGUUAAACAAGUUUCUCACCCCACACACCCUGAACAGCGCCUGGUGUCAGAGAUGCUCGUGUCAAUAAUGCAGUGGGAGAGCACGGGCCUCACCUUGGAGGGCCUGGUUCUGAUUCCCAGCGCUGUAAAAAGGAAAAAAACAAAAACAAAAAACCGGGCCCCACUACUUUAUACUCGUCCUACAGAAUUAGAAUCUCUAAUUCAAAAUAAAACCAUGGGUUAGAGAAUGUACUUUGAGUGAUGGAUACAUAUGCAUUCAUAGGCUUACAGAGGCAAGAUAGAGGUCAUUUGGCUAAAAUCCCAUUUUAAAAAAAUUCAUAGGAUUUAAAUAAUAUCUUAGGUGACGCCAGAGAUGCAGAAUUUAUAUAUGUAUAUAUAAAAGCAAGGGUUCAAACUGGCAGGCUACCAAAUGUACCCUGCCCUCACAGCAGAGUCUGGCAAACUCCCCGUGGUAUACCCAAUAUGCCAAAUACCAGUAACAAUGAUGGGUCUCAUUCUCCUAACCCUGAAAAAGCCUUGAACAUGGCACUUUAAAAAAAAAAAAAAUCUCAGGGCUAGGACAAAGAAGACGUUACUGGCACCUGCUCGAGGCACUCGAUG